GAAGACAGUGUUGAUAAUUUUGAAAAUCCUAAUUACUCGAAUAAUUCAACAAAAUCUGAGGAUAACAAUACAACGUCAGAUUAUAACAAUGAAGAAAAAGAAGCGACAGAAUCGAUUAAUGUUCCAAAACUUAUAGAUACAGUGAUCGCCGGAUCAUUCAUUAAGGACGAUUAUGGCAAAUUACCUAAUGAAGAAAUAUCAUCUGAGCCCAUACAUGAAGUUCAUUUUUUUGGCAUAUUUAAAGAAUUAAAUAUUGUUCAAUAA